AUGCCGAGAUCCCUACGCAAAAUACAGUCUCAGAUUAAGAAGAAGCGGGGAGCAUCAUCCACGGCUCUCGUUGAAGACAGUCGUGACGCCCAACGACUACGCAGAGGGAUGUUGAGGCACGAAAAACUGGUGCGGUCGGAAGCUCUUAGACAAAAAGCACUUCUACCGAAAGUAACUCGAUAUCGACAUUUUCAGGAACUAGCGACUGUCGAAGAAUUUUCAGUAGCGGAUAUCCUUCAGUACAUAGAAAGUUUUCUUUCCCGUCUGGACGAGGAAAUCAAGGUAUUUUCAGGGGAGCGAAGGCCCGGCCGACCGCGAUCAUCGCAGGAAGACCGAUUACGAAACUCUCUUGAGAAAGAGAUGGCAGAGUUUCACGUUGGAUACGAAGUACCUGAUCUCUUUGAUCCGGAGACCCGGAGACUCAUGUCGGGUUGGAAAGGAGAUGCGCAAGGGUUGGCACAAAUGAGGACGAUAAGGAUCACCAAGGAAGGGAAGAUACUUCCGAUAGCGUGA